AGCUUGUCAUGUGCUGGGUGUCUGUUGCUAGGAUACAGGCUUACCUGAAUAAAGCGGACAUUGACACUUCCAAUGUGACCCAUCUCUCGGAUAGUAAGAAUGCAGUAUCAAUCAUGGAUGGCACAUUUCUUUGGGAUAAGGAAAUAGGUCCAGCAUUAAAAAGGAUAAACCUACAGAUCCCUAAAGGGAGUCUGGUGGCCAUAGUGGGCAGUGUUGGGUCUGGGAAAUCAUCUCUGGUGUCUGCCAUGUUGGGAGAGAUGGAGAAAGUUGGGGGCACAGUUAAUGUUGACGGUUCUACAGCCUACGUGGCUCAACAAGCUUGGAUCCAAAAUGCAUCAGUGAAAAACAACAUCUUGUUUGGGAACGAUUUCCAAGAGUCCAGAUAUGACAAUGUGGUUGAGGCCUGCGCACUGAAGGCAGAUAUUGAUAUGUUGCCGGCAGGUGAUCUGACAGAAAUUGGCGAAAAGGGUAUAAACCUCAGCGGUGGACAGAAGCAACGAGUCAGUCUGGCAAGGGCUGUUUACUUUGACAGCGACAUAUACAUUCUAGACGACCCUCUCAGCGCUGUCGAUGCCAAUGUAGGAAAACACAUCUUUGAGCACGUUAUCGGAAAGAACGGUGUUCUCAAGGACAAGACCAGGGUACUGGUGACCCAUGGUAUCCACUGGCUGCCUCAUGUAGACACCAUCGUCGUGGUUACCAAUGGUGAGAUAUCGGAGACGGGAUCGUACGAGGCCCUACUGGGUCACGACGGAGCGUUCUCCAAGUUCCUGAAGACAUAUCUCAUCGAGCACCAGGAGGAAUUAGAAGCAGCAGAGGAAGAAGAUGCAGUUUUGAAGCAAGACAUUUUCCACAGACUGGUAUCCAUUCAGCCUGAUGUUGAUCAUUCCGAUUUGACUGACAAACUGAUACACUGGAGAAAAUCUCAAAGAGAAUCAGAUAAAAGUACAACAGAUGUUAGACGCCUUACUUCACAAGGAGACAAAAUGAUUCAAUAUUCGGCGCAGACGUCUCCGGUUUCAACUGAAAAUAUUGACCCUGCAAGGCUUAUAGAAGAAGAGGAAGUUGAAAUUGGUCGUGUACAAUGGAAGGUCUACAUGCAGUACGCUAGGGCUCUGGGACUGAAGUACGCCGUAUGUCUCGUGGUCCUGUAUGCCAUCUAUCAGUCCCUGUAUAUCUGGUCGGCUAUCUGGCUCGCUAACUGGACUGCAGACCCACAGCUGCAGAACCUCACCCUGUACCCUGCCAAUAGUACCGCAAGGAGGGAACUCAACAAUUACUACCUCACGAUUUACGGAGAAUUCGGUAUCGCCCAAGCAAUUGCAGUGCUGAUAUAUUCCCUUGUGCAAGCAUUCUGUGUAAUAGAAGCAGCGAAAGUUCUGCACCAAAAGUUACUCGUGAAUGUUCUGCGAGGUCCAAUGUCCUUCUUCGACACUACACCUGUGGGCCGCAUUGUCAACCGGUUCUCACAAGACAUUGAGGCUGUCGACAGUACGUUGCCAGAAAAGAUUGUGGAAGUGUUGUGGAGUUUCUACGCAGUAAUCAGCGUCUUUGUAGUCGUGGCCUACAGCACCCCGAUAUUCCUUACAGUGAUUCUACCCCUGGGAUUUCUUUAUUUCAUCAUGCAGCGUUUUUAUAUACCUACGUCACGACAGCUGAAACGGCUGGAGACAAAGACUCGGUCACCAAUCUACAACAAUUUCGGGGAAAGUUUGGCAGGUGUGAGCACUAUUCGCGCUUUCCGCGUCCAAGAACGGUUCAUGGACAUUUCUGACAGCAGGGUAGACUUGAAUCAAGAGUACACAUUUGCAAGUAAUACGGUGGAGAGAUGGCUCGGUAUACGCCUGGAUAUCAUGGGAGGAGUCGUGGUCUUGGCGGCAUCCUUGUUCUCAGUCCUGGAAAGAGGCAAAAUAUCGAGCGCUAUUGUUGGACUUUCAGUAUCAUAUGCCCUGCAGGCACCCCUGCAUUCUGACGUUCAGCUGCCUGUUGAUUGGCCGUCUGAGGGCUUGAUUGAGCUGCGAUCAUAUUGUACUCGGUAUAGAGAUGGUCUUCCAUUAGUCCUACAAAAUUUACAUGUGAAAUUCAAACCUGGUGAAAAGGUGGGAAUAGUGGGGCGGACAGGUGCGGGGAAAUCUUCGCUGACCCUCGCGCUGUUCCGACUGAUCGAGGCGGCAGAAGGAAGUAUUGUCAUUGACGGUGAAGACAUCAGUCGUCUGGGUCUCCAUGAUUUACGGUCCCGUCUGACAAUUCUGCCACAGGAGCCAAUCCUUUUCUCAGGAAGUCUUCGCAUGAAUUUGGAUCCCCUCGGGGCCCACAAUGAUGAUGAAUUGUGGGCAUCGCUGGAUCACGCGCACUUGAAGACUUUCAUUGAAGGACUUCCCGGUCAGCUCGAGUAUGAAGUUGGGGAAGGUGGUCAAAAUCUGAGUGUGGGUCAGCGUCAGCUGAUCUGUCUCGCCAGAAGCCUGCUCCGCAAGAUGAAGAUUCUCGUCCUCGACGAGGCGACCGCAGCCGUGGAUCUGGAGACAGACUCACUCAUUCAGGACACGAUCAGCUCAGAAUUCGGGGAUUGUACCGUGCUCACCAUCGCUCACCGGCUCAACACCGUCAUGGAGUACGAUAAAAUCCUCGUUCUCAGUGAUGGACGAAUCCUAGAAUACGACCGACCUCAGACCUUGUUGGCUGAUAGCAACUCUGCUUUUUAUGCCAUGGCCAAGGAUGCAGGGCUCGUGUCUUGUGAAUAAAGUUGGCAGGUUUGGAAUGAUUUCGUGACUUCAAAUAGAGAUGGACUCCGCUGCUUCUGGUCCCUUGUUGCAACAAAGACUGUACCCGAGUCCUGAGAAUAGGUUACGAGCUGACAGGGGCAUUUGAUUGUCAGAGCAAGCAGGAGCGUCCCUGAAAUCAUAUGGGACUAAGCUUUAAACAUUGUGGCAUUGUGAAAAGAAAACGUGGGAGACAUAAAAUUUGUGUUUUAAUGUAUACAAUGUUCAACUGAAUAAAAAUAACAAGAGC